AUGAUCGCAACUGGUGUUUGUGGCGUCGCGCUGGUGCUGGUGCUGGUGGUGCUGAUCCCGGUCAUGGUGAAUACCGCCGGGACUCCCGCCCGCUAUGAGAUGCUCGGGUCCUGUCAAAUGGUAUGCGACUCCCACGGGACGGCGGCCACGGCCACAGCGAAGGCGACCAGCCCGAUCAAAGACAACCGCCUGGUUCAGUCGCUUCCGACGUUCAUCCAAGGUCCUCAAGGAGAGCCGGGGCGCGUCGGGAGGAUGGGUCCGAGGGGUCCAGGUGGCGAGCCCGGGCCACCUGGACCUGCAGGUCCGCCCGGCGAGAGAGGGGCGCCGGGCCCUCCUGGUCCGCCGGGAGCACCCGGAGCAAACGGGCCCAACGGUGCAAUCAGCGCUGCCACUUACAACACAGUCCCAAAGAUUGCGUUUUAUGCAGGACUGAAGAAGCAGCAUGAGGGAUAUGAAGUGCUGAAAUUCGACGACGUAGUCACAAAUCUUGGCAACCACUAUGACCCCUCUACAGGGAAAUUCACCUGCUCAAUACCGGGGAUUUACUUCUUUGUUUAUCAUGUGCUGAUGCGAGGCGGAGACGGAACCAGCAUGUGGGCUGAUCUCUGCAAAAACAAUCAGGUGAGAGCCAGUGCCAUCGCCCAAGACGCAGACCAGAACUACGACUACGCCAGCAACAGCGUUGUCCUACACUUGGAGCCCGGGGACGAGAUUUACAUCAAACUGGACGGCGGAAAGGCGCACGGGGGCAACAACAACAAGUACAGCACCUUCUCCGGCUUCAUGUUGUACGCUGAUUGA